AUGCCUGCCACCCAGAUCAUUGGUUAUGCCCAGCCUUGGAUUGUUUCCCCUGGAGAUCCGGUUGACAUCAAAGUUUCCAGCACGGAGAAGGGAUAUGAUCACCGUUUAGAUAUCACUGAGGUCCCCGUUGGUCAUCACGAGGAUGGUUCUUAUCAAGAUGCUUGCGCAGGAUCUUAUGCCCUUGUCCCAUCUUGGGCGGACGUGGCACUUGCAGCGGGAGAAGGCUUCGAAGUAGAGCUCCAUGCGCAACCAUACUUGCUUGAUGUCGGCUACUUUUGCCAAACCCUGGUAUCCUGUCUUGAUGUCUCCUCAAGGACUGGAUUCGCUGUCGUUUUGAAAAACUCAAAGCUUCAAUUCUUCAUCGGCACAGGAGAUAAUAUUCAGGUCAUUGAGAGCCAGCUUCUCGUAAACCGCUGGAGAUGGCUCAAAAUCAACCUCAGUUUCGUUAACAAUACCUUCACUUCCAGCGUCCAUCAGUUGUACCGCCUCGCCGAGACUGCUCCCAAUGGCGAAACCAUGACUACUGCCCUGUCAGCACCCUUGGUUUUGGGCUCGAACUCCUUAUUGUUUGGUGCAGGCAUGUUCAAAGACGUUGAUCAACAGAGUCCCAAGACAUCGAAUUAUUACAAUGGCCGAAUUGACUCUCCAUCUUUCACCAUCACGGGCUCGUCGCGCCGCACUGUCGCGCAAUAUGAUUUCUCCAAAGACAUCUCCAGCGACUCAAUAGUUGAUGUGUCUGGAAACGACCGCCAUGGUGUGUUGGUCAAUGCACCAACACGAGCUGUUAAGGGAUAUAACUGGGAUGGCACUCAGCCAGACUGGACCAAAGCUUCAUACGGAUAUGGAGCCAUUCAUUUCCACGAGGAUGAUCUGGAUGAUGCCAAGUGGUCAACAAACUUCACCAUUACCGUCCCAUCAAGUGCUCGCUCCGGCGCAUAUGCCGUUGAGGUCAAGUGCGCGGACGGCACAAGCGACAUGAUCACAUUCUUCGUCCGACCAAACCCCAAUUCCACAGCGAAGGUGGCAUUGGUUCUCACAACAUUCACAUAUCUCGCGUAUGCUAAUGAGAGAAUGUAUGACGUGACCAAGUCGUCUGCGAUGACAACCCCAGAUGGAGUUAGCAUCGGGCCUGGAAAUGAGUAUUAUGAAAGACUAUCCCUGCGACCAGACUUGGGUCUCUCGGCUUAUGAUGUCCACACGGAUGGCUCCCCCAAUGCAUACUCCACUGCUCUCCGGCCGAUUCUCAAUCUCCGACCCGCAUUCUACCACUGGGCCUUGAACCGACCUCGCGAGUUCAGCGCUGAUCUUCUCAUGGUUGGAUUCCUGGAGCGUUCCGGAAUCCCCUAUGAUAUUAUCACCGAUCAUUGCUUGAGCGGCAGAGGCCAGGAAGCAACUGCGCAAUACACCACGCUCAUCACCGGCUGUCACCCCGAAUACCACACUCUCGCUUCCCUCGACACCUUAAGCGCAUUUGCCAAAUCAGGCGGCAACCUGAUGUAUUUGGGCGGCAACGGAUUCUACUGGGUCGCCGACGUUGUCAAUGAGCGGCCUCAUCGUAUGGAAGUUCGCAAGGGUGAUCAGGGCUGUCGGUCCGUCACUUUCCCCGCUGGAGAGCGCAUGCACAGUCUCACUGGAACCCUCGGCGGUUUAUGGCGCAGCCGCGGUCGUGCUCCCAACUACCUCUGGGGUAUUGGACCUUGUGCGUUCGGUACUGGACCAGGAAAGGCGUAUGUGGCAGAUUUGAAAUAUGCCCAGGAUGAGAAAUAUAGCUGGAUUUUCAAGGGCAUUGACCCAACCAAGCCGAUUGGCGAAAAGGGUUUCGGUGGCGGCGCCAGUGGCGACGAGAUCGAUCGCCUAGAUUAUGCACUUGGAACACCAUCCAAUGCAGUCCUACUUGGAAGAAGUCAACAGCACGAUGAUUCUUUUGGACUUUUCAACGAGGACUCCAUGUUCCCCAUGGUAAACACUCUGGGUAGCACUUGUGACAUGGUCAGAAGUGACCUGGUAUAUUAUGACACCUCUGGAGGUGGUGCAGUGUUCUCAGUUGGCAGUAUCAACUGGUUCUGCAGCAUGGGCUGGGAUAAUUAUAGUAAUGAGGUAGCUAUAUUGACUGACAAUGUGCUGAGAGAGUUUGUUAGAAGAGGAAAGGGCCCCGGGGAGAGGAAGUGA